UCACAUAUAAAAUCAACUUCUUGUGGGGAGAGUUUCAGGGUAGAUACUAACCCUAGUACUCCUAGAAGUGAAUAGAGGAAUUAAGAAGAUUAUAUUGGAGAGAAUCUACAUACAAAAAAAAAAAAAAAAAAAAAAAAAAAAAAAAAAAAAAAAAAAAAAAAAAAAAAAAAAAAAAAAAGACAUGGAAUGGAGAAAGAGUUAUUUGGAUUUGAUGCUUGUUCCUUUAGGAUUUGCAGCCACCAUCAUAUACCAUGUUUACUUAUGGCAUAAGGUUAGAACCCAGCCAUACAGUACCAUUAUCGGUACCAAUGCAGCUGGCCGACGUUUAUGGGUCUCAUCCAUGAUGAAGGAUAAUGAUAAGAAGAAUAUCCUAGCAGUACAAACGCUACGAAACGCGAUAAUGGGAUCAACUCUGAUGGCAACAACAUCAAUCUUAUUAUGUACGGGUUUAGCAGCAGUCAUCAGUAGCACGUAUAGUGUGAAGAAACCAUUAAACGAGACUAUAUAUGGUGCUCAUGGAGAAUUUAUGACAGCCCUGAAAUAUGUCAGUUUAUUAAUCAUAUUUCUCUUUGCAUUCUUAUGUUACUCGUUAUCAAUCAGGUUUAUAAACCAAGUGAAUUUCCUCAUAAAUUCUCCACAAGAUACAGCAGGUGCUUCAAUGGUGAAUCCUCAAUACAUAUCAGAGCUAUUAGAAAGAGGGUUUGUUCUAAACACAAUUGGGAAUAGACUUUUCUAUUCAGCAUUACCGCUUUUGCUUUGGAUAUUCGGACCCAUUUUGGUCUUCUUAUGUUCAAUGACUAUGAUCCCAAUAUUGUAUAACUUAGAUUUUAUCAUGAGCCAUUCUAGUGGGACAAGCAAUGAGGAAAUGAACAAGAGAAGGAAAAUGGAAGAUAAUCUGUGAUUGAGGAUUGUGACGUAAUAAUAUCUUUUGUAAGUGUUUGAUGAUGAUGAUUGACGAUCAUGAUGUGAAUAAGUUAGCCAUGCAAAAUAAUAUUAUAUCUUUAUAAGUAUGAUGAUUAUUAUGACUA